GGCUCCAGUGUCAUGUUUUACCUGGCAGCUGCCGUGUCGGAUUUCUACAUCCCUGCCUCCGAGAUGCCUGAGCACAAGAUCCAGUCCUCGGAGGGGCCCCUGCAGAUCACAAUGAAGAUGGUGCCAAAAAUGCUCUCUCCUCUUGUCAAAGAAUGGGCCCCAGAGGCAUUUGUUAUUUCCUUUAAACUGGAGACGGAUCCCUUGAUCUUAAUUGAUAAAUCACGGCAGGCUCUAGAGAAAUAUCGUCACCAGGUGGUGGUAGCAAAUAUCCUGGAGUCACGGAGAACCUCUGUUAUUAUUGUAACCAAAGACUCACAGACUCCGUUAUCUCUUUCUGAUGAGGAAAUAGCGCAAGGCAUGGAAAUAGAGGAAAAGAUAGUGAGCUAUCUUCAGAGCCAGCAUACUGCAUUUAUAGAGAAGAAAGGCUGAGGACCAGCUCUGAAUGAAACAAGUGAAAUUGUCCUAGAGAGGGAGUGGAACUGGAGCGAUUCUCUAUCCCAGGUAAAUAAAACAAUCCUCAGUGAAACGCUGUGGGAAAGGCUGCCGUCCAAAACCGUGUAACUUUCUACAGCUUGGUAAUGGUCAUUGUUGCUUGCUUUGAAAAAGAAAAAUACACUGAAGUGAAAACAUUCCCAAAGAUGAUAUUUGUUCUGGUGUCUAAGGAAGGAAAGGAUUGUAUUGCUUUAUUUCUGUCCUGUGGGCUGGGAGACCCGGGAGGUGGAGAAAUGGUAUAUGUGUCUGUAUAUAAAAGAUUUUCUUGAAUCCGCCUCUUCAAAGUUUCUUUUCCGAAUUGUUGGACGGAAGGAAUGGUGCUUUGCAGAUAUGACUGGACUGGAGUGACAGAGCUGGCAAUUGGCUGGUAUUGAUAGCGGACGGUGAAAUGAACAUGGCAAACAAUGAAGGAGAAAUGAUGAGGAAGCAACAGCAACUUUGGAGAUAAAUCUGUUGCACCGGGGGAGAUACAGCAUGACUAUGCUUCAAGAAAUCUGCUCAGAAACACGGUUCAAACAAUAGGUACUGCAGCAGUGUCCCUCAAGCAGCUGUUUCGCAAAGGUUUUCCUUCCAUUGGAGGUGUUAGCAGGCUGCUGGAGGGGGAUAAAGGCAAGGAGACAUCGUGGCACAGAGCACAGGCAGUGGCCUCUGAGCGUGGCGUGGGGACAAGAGGUUGGAGGGGGAGUAGGCGGUGAGGGUGGGGAGGUGAAAGCGGAUGGAUUGGCAGUGAUCAGCUCUGGGAGGAGACCUGCCUCUUCGCUGUCUGGAUGGAAUUAAAAUGGGAGCCAGUUAGAACCAAGACAUUCCUGGUUUUCUCUACAUCUAAAGGAUUACCAACUUGUUCGUGUCUAUUCCUCACGCUUACAAGAAGCAAAGUGUGCAAUUCUGUGGUUAAAAAAAACUUAACUGCAGCUCUACUCUUGUCCAUCAUGUGUCUGUUUCCUUGCAAUAAAUUCACUGGAAGUCUGUAAAGACAGACAGUAAUGCA